GUCGUCGAAAGGAGCAACUCGUGACGGUAAAUCGAUCUUAGUCAUGCAGUCACAUAACUUGUUCUGGACUUUAGUAAUUGGCAUGGUCCAAGUGUUACUGCCUUUCGCCCUUUCUUGUGAGGUAAACGGCUGUUUUUGUUAUGAAGAAUAUUUGAGCUGUCAUAAUCUGACGUCAUUUCCUGCUCAGUUCCCGAAGGAAUUAGAGGACCUAUAUUUCCAUGACGUCACUUUUGAUAAAAUACCGACAGAUGCUUUCCGUGGACUUAAGAACAUGAAAACAUUCAAGAUAUAUCGCGGUUCAGUGGGGACAAUAGAGAGAUCGUCAUUCAACGGAUUUAAGAGAUUACAGACAGUUUUCUUUGAUAAUGUGUCUAUUGGCGAGAUUCAAGGUCAUGCCUUCGGUAGCCUUCGUAAUAUUUCGUUGACGUUCCAGUCAUCAUCGAUUCCUGUCAUACGAUCCUAUGCAUUUGAAAACAUCCGGAAUGCGCAUGCAUUUGUUUUUGCCAAUCUGAACAUCGGGCAUAUUGAAAGUCGUGCGUUCGAGAAUAUCAGUGAUAUUGAGAUGAUUUCGUUUCGUAUGUGUAACAUAACUUCAAUGGCCCCUCGAUGUUUUCACAACUUCAACAGGAUUAGAUCAUUUGGCUUCCACACUAACGAAAUCGAAGAUCUUUCAUGUGGUAAUAUCGAUAGUGCUAUAUCUGCCGUGACGGAUCGUCUACAGGUUUUCUUUUUCAGCAACAUCCUGUCGUGUAAUUGUGAUUUGGCCUGGAUUGUUAACAAUCCCAUUAUGACCAUUGUCUUGCCUUAUUCCAAUCGAUGUAUUUUGCCUGGAACAAGAGGACAUGUUAAAGUCGGUUUGGCAGAUCUGACACUAGGGGUACUAAACUGUACACAACAAGACACCAUUUGUCCUGAUAAUGAAUUAACAGCAACAACAACGGAAGUGACGACACAAGCCACACAUGCGCCUACAUCAUCUAUGAUGACUGAUUUCGUCACAGGAACAUUAGAUAUGACUUUUUCUACAUCAGAGUUACCUGUAUCCUCAGAUAAUUCUGUAAAUAAAUCUGACUUCGUGACAACAUCUGCCGUUUCAGUAACAACAGAACCAGAAAGCACAACACCAAAUUUCACAAUAACUAGUAUAUUAACAAAAACCACAAAGGCGCCCUCUGUUUCCACCGGAAGUACAACUUCGUCUCAGAACGGAAACGAACAAUCUUCGGUAUCCCAUCACGACACGAUGAUUGAAACAGUUACCAGUACUCUUCCAGGGACGAGUUCUCAUCAUACGAUUUCGUCUUCCGAAACCACGGAAACAACUGUUACCCGUUCGGUGUCGGGGACACUGGCGAUGUCACAGCACACGACAUCGAGUACAAAAGCUGGUCACGGAGAGGCCAGUGGCGCCACCUAUAUCACGUGGUCUGUAAUGACCUUGACAUUUAAUAGUUUAUUAUGUAUAUUCGUUAAGAGGAUCGCAAAUUAGGUUUCACUUUGAGCAAUGGUUGAUGGAAUGGUAAACAUAAAGUAUAAUCAUAAAAUAUCCCCAGAUACCAAACACCUCCCUCUGCUAAUAUAUAUAAAUACUUUUAUUAUCAUUUGUAAUGAUGCAUGCCUUUUUAUACUGUUCUUCCUCAUUGCCAUCGAAAAGCUGUGCUUGGGUGUGUAGUCUGGUCCUGCUACUUUACCGUGGCUUGGUGGUACAAUGCGUGGAUAUAGACUCUUUUUUUUCGGAAACAGGAUAAGACUGGUUUGCAAUAAAUCAACGGCAUACAAGGUAUCGAAGUAAAUGCAGUAAUCUUUACGGACAGACUGAUCAAAGUAAACGAUUCCUUGACGUAUUUCAGUUGUCAAUAUUCCUAUUUGAAUCUUAUCAUAUCGGGGAAAAAAACAAAAGCUUUCAUAAUGCGUACUGCUAUUAGAGUAUAUUUUAUGAGUUGCGCUCGUGCGAAAAAAUACAAUGAUUAGGAUAUUUGUUUUAUCGACUAUAAAAAAAGUCUAACAUUGUGGGAGGCCGAGUCAUGUAGGCGUUGAACUGGAGCGGAGUCAUGUAGGCGGAAAACCUGUAACUAACUAACAUUGUGGGAGGCGGAGUCAUGUAGGCGAUGAACCAGUAACUAACAUUGUUGGAGGCGGAGUUAUGUAGGCGAUAAGCCAGUUACUAACAGUGUGGGAGGCGGAAUCAUGUAGGCGAUGAACCAUUAACUAAAUGACUUUGUUGGAGGCGGAGUCUUGUAGGCGAUGAACCAGUUACUAACAGUGUUGGAGGCGGAGUCAUGUAGGCGGUAAACCUGUAACUAACUGACUGUGUUGGAGGCGGAGUCUUGUAGGCGAUGCACCAGUAACUAACAGUGUUGGAGGCGGAGUCAUGUAGGCGGUAAACCUGUAACUAACAUUGUGGGAGGCGGAGUAAUGUAGGCGAUGCACCAGUAAGUAACAUUGUGGGAGGCGGAGUCAUGUAGGCGGUAAACCUGUAACUAACAUUGUGGGAGGCGAAGUCAUGUAGGCGGUAAACCUGUAACUAACAUUGUGGGAGGCGGAGUAAUGUAGGCGGUAAACCUGUAACUAACAGUGUGGGAGGCGAAGUCAUGUAGGCGGUAAACCUGUAACUAACAUUGUGGGAGGCGAAGUCAUGUAGGCGGUAAACCUGUAACUAACAUUGUGGGAGGCGGAGUAAUGUAGGCGGUAAACCUGUAACUAACAGUGUGGAAGGCGGAGUCUUGUAGGCGGUAAACCUGUUAUUAAGUGUGGGAGGCGGAGUCAUGUAGGCGUUAAACCUGUAACUAACAGUGUGGGAGGCGAAGUCAUGUAGGCGGUAAACCUGUAACUAACAUUGGAGGCGGAGUCUUGUAGGCGGUAAACCUGUAACUAACAGUGUGGAAGGCGGAGUCUUGUAGGCGGUAAACCUGUAACUAACUAACAGUGCGGGAGGCGGAGUCUUGUAGGCGGUAAACCUGUAACUAACAUUGUGGGAGGCGGAGUCUUGUAGGCGGUAAACCUGUAACUAACUAACAUUGUGGGAGGCGGAGUCUUGUAGGCGGUAAACCUGUUACUAACAGUGUGGGAGGCGGAGUCAUGUAGGCGUUAAACCUGUAACUAACAUUGUGGGAGGCGGAGUAAUGUAGGCGUUAAACCUGUAACUAACAGUGUGGAAGGCGGAGUCUUGUAGGCGGUAAACCUGUAACUUAAGUGUGGGAGGCGGAGUCAUGUAGGCGGUAAACCUGUAACUAACAGUGUGGGAGGCGGAGUCAUGUAGGCGGUAAAACUUUAACUAACUAACUAACUAACAGUGCUUGUGACAGAGUUCUUGAGGUUAUAGAACCAGUAACAAACAUUGUCGGAUAUUUCAAUGUACAAAUGAAUGUUUAAAGUGUAAAUAUAUGCCAUUUAUCUGAUAUUGUCCCUUAAAAUGAUUUUUUAGCUGUCAAGCGUUAUCUUAUACCUUUGAUUUACGUGGCGGUUAACACACGAUUGAUAAAACAGUUGGUAGACAUCUUCGUCGCAUCUGGUUUUCUGUGAGACUGGUGGACGUAAUGGCGAAGUGCCAUGUUGUGUGUCCCUUAAACAAUCUGUGAGAAUGUUCAGUAGUGUCGAUCUGACAAUCUCCUUGUGACCAAGAAAAAGGCAAAAAUACAUUUCAUUUUCUUCGAUCAUGAUAAGGAAGAGUAUUUCACAGGGACAAAUAAUAUUAUGUUAGUUUUGAUUAAUUUUACAAGGAGGGGAUUCUUAUCAAUGGCUAGAUUGAUGGCUGAUCUUCCUGAAAUUUCCAUAUACACUUUUUGUAUAAUUCAUUUUAAUCCAUAUUAAAGAUAUAAGCAUUAGGUUAUGAAAAUCUUAAACUCGAAUAAGAAAAUAUGUAAAUUUUCUAAUAUUUCUUAAUAAAAUUCAAUAAAUAUA